AGUGCGCAUGUGCAGACAGUGAUCUGUGCUGCGGUGGAAUAGGGACUGGAGACACACAACUAGAGAGAUGGCGCGGCACCCGACCGGAGCGCAAGGACAGCUGGUUGGCGGUGGGGGGGCUUGAAAUAUAAAGAGAAUCAGAAAAUAAUUUUUUUUUUAAACAACAAAAAUAUCAAGAAAAAAAGGGAUUCGAAAAAAGGAGUUUCCAUUCGGCCAGACAGCGUCAGAGGCAUCGGACAAUAUAUGUGAAUUUAAGGACAGAAAAGCAAAGGAGGCUGCUGCAGGAAAGAAGAAAAAGCAACAAAAGAGAAUUGAACUUUACUGGACGUGAGGACUUCUGGACAUCAGGUAGAUCAGAUAGAUGGUUUGUCCACAGCGCUGCACGGAUCAUGAACGCACAGCUGUCGAUGGAGAAUAUUGGCGACAUGCACGGAGUGAGCCAUGAGUCCGUGGUCGGUCACGGAGACCUGAUGAGUGGCCACAGUCCGCAUGCCCGUCCGAGCCCCCGGGGUCUAAGCCACCGCGCUAUGGGCAUGGCAACCCUGUUGGACAGCGGAGACUAUCACCCCGGACACCACGGACACCUGCAUCCAGCCAUCAGCAUGUGUGAAGUCCCCCCUGGCAUGAGUGCAAGCAGCACUUACACCACCCUAACCCCACUGCAGCCUUUACCCCCCAUCUCCACCGUGUCCGACAAGUUUGCGUCCCAUCAUCACCACCACCACCAUCCCCAUCAUCCUCACCAUCAUCCCCACCAGAGGAUCCCCGGAAAUGUCAGCGGCAGCUUUACGUUGAUGCGAGAGGACCGGAGUCUGGCGCCUAUGAACAGUCUGUAUCCUUCAUAUCAUCACAAAGAUCCCUGCAUGGGCCAGAGCCUCUCCCCGCUGUCUGGUUCCGGUCUGGCCAGCAUACACACGUCCCAGGCCGGAAUCCCUCCCUACGCUCAUCCCGGUGCCGCCAUGCCUGGUGAGAAGAUGCUCACCCCCAGCGGGUUUGAGGCUCACCACCCGUCCAUGCUCGGCAGACACACGGAGCAGCACAUGAGCUCCUCAGCGGGCAUGGUACAAAUCAACGGCCUCCACCACCACCCGCACGCCCACCUUGGCGCGCAGGGGCACGGCCAGGGGCUGGUGAACAGCCGGGAGCAGGCCUCCGGGCCCGGGCAGCAAGGGGGUGGCGGUGGAGUGGGUGGUGUUUCUGGGGGCCAGAUGGAGGAGGUGAAUACCAAAGAGGUGGCACAGAGGAUCACCACGGAGCUGAAGCGCUACAGCAUCCCUCAGGCCAUCUUUGCCCAGCGGGUCCUGUGCAGGUCCCAGGGGACCCUGUCCGACCUGCUGAGAAACCCCAAACCCUGGUCCAAGCUCAAGUCCGGUAGAGAGACCUUCCGCCGCAUGUGGAAAUGGCUGCAGGAGCCUGAGUUCCAACGCAUGAGUGCGCUCAGGCUCGCAGGUGAGCGAAGCCUCGCAUGUAAGCGUAAGGAGCAGGACCACGGCAGAAGCGAGCGGGGAAGCAUGUCCAAGAAGCCCCGGCUGGUGUUCACAGAUGUGCAGCGGCGGACGCUCCAUGCCAUCUUCAAGGAGAACAAGCGUCCAUCCAAAGAGCUGCAGAUCACCAUCGCCCAGCAGCUGGGCCUCGAGCUGACCACAGUCAGCAACUUCUUUAUGAACGCACGCCGUCGGAGCCUCGAUAAGUGGGUGGACGAUGGCUCCGGUCACCCAGCCAACUCUGGCCCCAACGCCUGCACCAAAGCCUGAAGACGGACUGAUUGGACCAACUGACUCAACCUCGGUGGAAAAGCUUUAAAACUUAAGAGAAACAAAGAGAAACUUAAAAAGACCUUGAAGCAACGUUUUGCCCUUAAACCUGUACUAUAUUGAUAUUUAUAGUAUCCAAAGAUGAAAAAACAAACCAAAGACUUCUUGUUUGACCUGCUUUGAAAUGUUUGUUUCAGCAACACAUUUACGUGUAACAUACUGCAAAAAGACUAUAGUUUUACCCCCCUUCACACACUCACUGUCACUGGUCUCUAGCUUUACUACACCCCCCCACACCUCCCCACCCAGUAUCAAUCUAUCAUUCACCAUCCUUAUCUUUAAUCUGAUUGGUUGGUUUUAAUGAUGGGUCCCGAAAUGGAGGUUUAAUCACCCUAUUGGCAGUCUGAUCUGCAGCUGUCCACACCCUUGAAAAACAGCCAGAAUGUGGAGCUCCGGUGGGAUUGGCCAAUCAACUUUAAAGACAAAAAAAAAUCCUACAGGAGCAAAUGGAUUGUUGUGCAACCUUGUUUGGAUCGGUGGCGGUGGACUGUCUGUCCAUCUGUCUGCCUGUCCAGCUGUCUGUCUUUCUAUCAAGCAUUCCAGACAGACGGGGGAAAUGCCCAUGUGUAGACUGCUAACCCGAAACCAACAACCCCAGCCCUGAACCAAACCAAAAAAAAAAAACCCUAACCUCAACCCACAUGGUAGUGCUUUCUUCCAACAUGCUGAAGCGUUGAAUAAUUUAAACAUGAGAAACCAAAGCCUUCUACAACCUGAAGCCUCUCAUACAUCUUAGAAAUCAAACCUUUAGAAUCUGCUAUCAAGUAAUUUGACCAAAGAGUGUAUUUUGUAUCUUAGUUUUUACCUCAUGUCACCCUUUACCUCCUGAGACAGACUGUUACAGAAUGUCACUGCUUAUGGUCGGUAAAACCUUUUGUGUCAUACGUUCCCUCCAAGUGGAAAUAUUAUAUUACACAACUCUGAAAAUUGACUAUUGAUAUUUGCCUUAUAGAUGCCUUUUUGAAUCAAACUAAAUAUUCCAGUGAUAUCUUCACAAACACUCUGGUGAAUGUUGCUUUAAAUGUGAAGAUGAAUCAUUACAGAUACAUCCUUUCCUGUGAGUCUGUUCAGAUAAUGCCGACAGAUUCAGCUCAAGUUUAUGAGUUCAAAUACCAGCAGUUGGCAAACAAAGACCAUUCAGUAGUGUGUUUUCUCUGCAAAGGUGAAACCAAAGAUGUUGCCUCUCAUGCUUUAUAUGUGUGCUUGUGACGCAGUGAGGGAGACAGACGGCCCCUGAUGGGUUUUUUUAAGGACAACGUGUCACCACUCUAAUAACAAGCAUCAGCGGCACUCUGUCGUCCCUGUGCGCUUCAUACGUAUUUGAUUUUAUCUCCUCAUCAAAGAUGUUGGGUGGAGGGGAUGAUAUCAAUGAUCAAAUCACUUUCAGGCGCUUACACAGCAAUGUCACCUCGUCACCUGAAUACGAAAGCACCCCCACCCUGCCUGUUGGCAAUCCCCAGACUUCCCCCCCCUCACAUCCUGCCUUCCGCUCUCCGGGUAAGCUAUGCAUUUCAGCACUAGGAGGAAAGCACUACACAGGGCCGGCCCAGGGCAGCGUAUCAUUAAAUAUAUUGAGCUGGCCCCUUGCCAUCAUCCUCCUUAAGGCCAGGGUUAGCAGCUCUACAUUCAUCAGAACGAGCGUGGAAGGAGAGGCGAGAGGGAGCUGCUUCUUCACCUCUGGAAGAAAAAAAACCAAAAAGACGACAAGAAACAAAAAUGUGUCAAGACCUGCUGAUGUUUUAUAGUGUGAACCAAAGAUGCUACCUCACUCAAGUUCCAUACGUGAUUUCUAUCACUUUGAUGAUACCAAAGAUAACCAAAGAUUUUUUCUCAUUGCACGGCCUCUAUGAGUGGUGUUAAAAGAUGUUGUAUGUCUCCCCUUCCCCCCAUCUCCUCUAUCUCUCUUCCUUUCUUCUCACCUUCUCCCCCUCCCACCUGCUCUCAACCCCUGCACCCCUGCUAUGCUCUUGCUUCAUCUGUGCUCUGAUUACAGCUCCAUAGAUAGUCAUGCUGAUGUAGCUAUAGGCAGAUAUGCUGAUCUAGCCAUAGAUACACACAAGCGACCGUGCAGGUGCCUGCGGGGUGCAGCAAACGCACUAGCGACUGUGAUCAGUCUUUGUGCUUGGUAGCAGCACCAAAGUAUUCAUUUCUACCACAAAAUGUAAAAGCUGACAUUGUGGCUGUAUAACAAAUUAAAGGUUUCAGUUUGGUUUUAGUUUAUUUAUAUAAAAAGUAAUCAAUAUAAAUUUGACAGAGUACCCCGCUAUGGAGUGUUCAGCUGUAUGUCUACUCGGCCCUGCCUCUUAGUGUGUAUCUAUAGCUUGAUAAUAUUGAUCCACUAAAUAGGUCAGACGUCUUUACACGAUAACAGGCAGACAAGCUGACAUAGCCAUGGGCAGAAUUGUUGACUCAACUAUAGGCAGACAUGUUCCUGAAAGUAGAAGCAGACGUGUCGCAAUCUUUCUAAAACUCCCAGGACGAGUGCCUUGCUUGAACCAAAGUGUUAAACCGCUGUUGACCUCUCACCUUUGACUCUGUGAAUACCUCAGCCUGUAGAAGGGCCACUACUGAAGAAACAAGGAAAAGGUUUUUUUUUUUAAAUCACACCGUGGUGCUUUCGCCAGCGCAACCAUGCAAUGAAAACAUACCAAAGGAAUUUCUCUUGUCCACUUCUACAGAUUAAACCAAAGGUCUUUGUUUCUCCUCUCCUCUCCUCUGCCCCCCCCCCUCUUUUACCCCUCCACCCCUCCUUUCCCCAACCUUCCCUGUCUCUCUGCUGUGUGUAGGAAGGUUCAGCACUCUGGCCGUGCAUGUCUUUACCAAUGUCUCUGAAUACCUCAUAGUAAUAAUUCCUUUGAGUUCUGCAUUGAGACGUCUAUCUGUGAGUAAGGCAGAACUCCACUCGUGUGGUAACUGUUAUUGUUACUUCAAAAAGCUGUAUGAUUAUCUAUUUUGAAGCUGUUGUUUUUUGGCAGAAGUGCUCUGUUUCAAGUCACGGAGGACAAGUUUCAGGGUUGAUGUAUGAAACUUAAGGGAUGGAGGGAGAAGUGUAUUUUUUAUCAGAUAUUGGGUUAUGCCAAUAUUAUGAUGGUAGACUAUUGCUUUUACAGGGUAAAACCAACUGCUGUGAUAUUGUGUUUAUAUUUUGCCUUUUCUCUACUUCUGUGUUGUGAUUUUAAUUUAAUUGCAUUUUUGUAAUGGUUAACCACUGCUUUAAUUUAUGCAUUUGUAGAAACUCUAGAUUUGUAUAUAGUAGGUUUUUGAAGAAAAAAAACAAACAAAAAAGACAGUUUUAUGUUACAGCCUUAUUUCCCACGCUUAGAUAUAAAAAGGAGUAGUUUGUAUUCUUCUUCAGCUAAAUCCUAGCCGGCAUUUCAAUGUGUGUUUUAAACACUGCCAGAAACCCAGACAGUUGAUUUGCCAACGCAGACAAAGUUAUACAGGAGCUACUUUGUUGAACAGCUGGCAAAAAGCAGUGUGUACGUGUGUGUGUUUUUUCUAUUCUUUUGACUUUUUAAAAGAAAACGGUUAUUUUAUGGGUAUUACUGCACAUCCAAAGAUUUUUAAAACAAACCAAAAAUUGGAAAAAAAUAUGUAUAAUGUUGAAAAGCACUGGCAUUUGUGAGGUAGACUUGUUGAGUUUUGAUUUGCCAUUCGCACGGGUAUAGAAUGUAGAAGGCGUAGGGCUAUGUAGACAAGCUUACUCUACCAUGUGGGGAAUCUCCUGUUCAAUGUACAAUCUGAAGCAUUUGAAACGAGGGCUGCAAGUCCCGCUCACUUUGCUGUCUCAUGCACAGAGUGAGGUGGAGUGGAGGCUGGGCAGCCGGUCUGCCAGGGGCUGUGCCACGGAGCUGGGUCUGUUUUUAUUGCCGUGGCACUGCCGCCUCGCUCCAUCUAGUAUCUGUUCUUUUGGUACGUACUCGUGUAAUGACUAUGAGCAAAGUCUAAUAAAACUGCAAAGAACUUAACAAGGAAUCAGUGUGUGACUGUAUGGGGACGAUCACCUGCUCUUAUUUUUCUGUGUGUGUGUGUGUGUGUGUGUGUGUGUGUGUGUGUGUGUGUGUGUGUGUGUGUGUGUGUGUGUGUGUGUGUGUGUGCAACUCAAAUGUCAAGUGCUGCUUGAGGUAUGCAAGUUUGUGUGUGUGUGUGCUUAUUUGCAUGUGUUUCUUUACUGUGUGUUCGUCUAUUGUUAAAAUCCGUAUGUACUGCUGAUGUGUAUGCAUGUGUGUGUCUGAUUGGUGCACAUCCCGACAGUAAGUUUAAUUCCCUCUGGUUGUCAGAGGCCUUACUGUCAGUACUGCUUCCUCUCUGUCAUGCAGACAGCACAGUAUCAGCAUGUUACGCAGUCACAGAAUGGAGAAUGUGAAAAGUCUUUCAGAAAAGUACAGGUGCUUAACUUAUAAAUGCAUGUGUUGAAGAGGGAAUGAAUGAUGCAGUGUGGAUCUACCUUUCCCCAUUUCCACAUGUUCUGUUAUUUAUUUAGUCCAUAAGGAGUUCCCAUAUGAUGGGUAGCUUGGCUACAAGUCUCAUAACAAUACUGCGGCGCCUACGACAAUCAUCUGGAUCUCUUAACGCUGGGGAACUAGUUUCUCACCCGCAGAGGGGUGUCCUCCAGCUAUUCAUAUACAAAGAUGCUUGAAGGGUUUUGAUAAACAAGCAUAUUUGUUGUCAUAGACAUUUAGAAAUAGAUUACAGUAGUAGUUCAUCUUGCACUUGCAUUUCAAAAUGAAAUCUCAUUGCUCUCGUCAGCCUUGUGCUCUUGUCAACCUUGAUCUCUUUCUUUUGACUUCCUUUUCAACUCACAAUGCUUUUUCAGUUUCAGUGUGUGUGUGUGUGUGUGUGCGUGUGUGUGCGUGCGUGCGUGAGUGCCUUUGUGUGUGUGUGUGUGUGUGUGUGUGUGUGUGUGUGUGUGUGUGAUUGUGCCAGAGGGGCAACACUGUCAGUGUUACUCUCAGACGUAUAGCUCCAUGUGUCAUGACUUGAUUUGUCAUUGCUGUUUCCAGGCUUUGCUACUGCUUUCUCAGUGCCGUGCAAUAUCAUCUGUUGUGAUUGCUAAGCAAAUGAAAAAAAAAAAAAAUGAAAGAAAAUUGAGAAGCAAGUGAUGAUGUCAUCCAGCUUUUUUCA